AAAACCACAAGUUUAACUGUUUCUCUUCCCUCCUCUCUCUCUCUCUCUCUCUCACACACACAUACAGAGUCACACUCUUUCUCUUGGCCUACGCAUCCACGGCGCACUUUAGCAGACGCAGCGUGUUCUCAUCGAUGGCCUCCAUAUCUUCUCCCUCGAACACCACGACGUCCGUACAUCCCGGUCGAAUGAGGGUUUUGAAGGAGCGAUCGCGGCCGUCGGAUGGGGAGGUGGGGCCAGUGGUGUACUGGAUGUUCAGGGACCAGCGGAUCAGAGACAACUGGGCGUUGAUCCACGCCGUCUAUCAGGGUAACAAGCUCAAUGCGCCCGUGGCCGUGGCGUUCAAUCUGUUCGAUCAGUUCCUGGGAGCGAAAGCUCGGCAAUUAGGGUUUAUGCUGAGGGGAUUGAAGCAGUUGCAGGGAGAUCUCCAAGAGACGCUUCAAAUCCCGUUCUUCUUGUUUCAGGGAGAAGCUGAAGAGACUAUACCAGAUUUUUUGAGAGAAUGUGGGGCAUCACUUUUAGUUACAGACUUCUCACCUUUACGUGAAGUUAGGAGAUGUAAAGAGGAAAUUUGCAAGAGGGUGAGUGAUUCGGUGACCAUACAUGAAGUUGACGCUCACAAUAUAGUACCUACUUGGGUGGCAUCGGAGAAGUUGGAGUAUAGCGCUAGAACUAUACGGGGAAAGAUAAACAAAAGGCUUCCAGAGUACCUCAUUGAUUUUCCUACGUUGCAUCCUCCAAGUAGAAAAUGGGCUGCCACAAGUCAGUCGAUUGAUUGGGAUGUCGUCAUUGCUGAUGUUUUGAGGAAAGGAGCAGAAGUUCCUGAAAUUGAGUGGUGUGAAGCAGGGGAGAAGGCAGCAAUGGAAGUGUUGAUGGGGAGUAAAAAUGGGUUCUUGACAAAAAGGUUGAAAGGUUAUUCUGAAGAUAGGAAUAACCCACUAAAACCUAGAGGGCUUUCUGGUGUCUCUCCAUACUUGCAUUUUGGACAAAUAUCUGCGCAGCGGUGUGCUUUAGAGGCUCGUAGAGUCAGAAAUCUUUGUCCUCAGGUUUGUUUGGCUUAUGGCUUCAAUGAUAGCUUGAUCUAUCUUCUUCCUGGUAUUCUGAAGGCGGCCGAUGCAUUCUUGGAGGAGUUAAUUGUGCGCAGAGAACUUGCUGAUAACUUCUGCUUCUACCAGCAUCACUAUGAUUCACUUCAAGGGGCAUGGGAAUGGGCACGUAAAACCUUGAUGGACCAUGCUUCUGAUAAGCGAGAACAUACAUACACCAGGGAGCAAUUGGAAAAGGCACAAACAGCUGAUCCUCUCUGGAAUGCUUCUCAGUUGGAGAUGGUUUACUAUGGGAAGAUGCAUGGUUUUAUGCGGAUGUAUUGGGCGAAAAAGAUUCUUGAGUGGACAAGAGGACCUGAAGAAGCGCUUGAAAUAUCGAUAUAUCUAAAUGACAAGUAUGAAAUUGAUGGCAGGGAUCCAAAUGGAUAUGUUGGCUGCAUGUGGUCAAUAUGUGGUGUUCAUGACCAGGGUUGGCAGGAGCGGCCGAUUUUUGGGAAAAUACGUUACAUGAAUUAUGCAGGAUGCAAAAGAAAAUUUGAUGUUGAUGGAUAUGUUGCUUACGUUAAAAAGCUAGUUGGUGAAUUUAAGAAGAGAAAAGCAGAAAGUGUGCUCAGUCAGAAGGCAAAGAAAGUCUGCUGUUAGUAUCUUGGGUCCUAAAUCCAAUAUAAAGAGUAAAUUUUUGAAGACUAUCCCUAAUUUAACAUGAAGUGUAAUAUUUGAAGACUACAUUGAAAGGAAGGGGGUCCUGAUUGGCAUCCAUGCUGACUGUUUUUCUGGGCAGUCAUUUUUUGGGAUUUUUUUGUUGGGAAUUGUGAAUUCUAAAACUUCAUUUUAUACUUUGGAAGGUAAUUUAGAUGUGGUUUGAGUUGUAUGAUAAACAUGACAAAACCAUAGGAAUACUUUGAACCUGAAAGGUUGAGCUAAUGCUGCUUGUGGGGGAGAAUAUUAGCAUAAGCUGACCCUACCUUGAUAGUGAAUUUACAUGUGGAAUUGCAAUUUUGCAAGAGGAACGCUAGAAACCACACUUUUAUCUCAGUGAUUGGCACUGCCCACGUCAAUAGAGUAUGAUGGUGGUUGGAAAAAAAUGUGAUUUCUAUAGCCUUACUCAUUUUGUAAUGAUUGUAAGCAUGAAUGUUCUUUUUCUGAGUUGGAUGUUGCAGAAUUGUUGCUAUUUUGAUCUAUUGAUGCCACAGGGUACAAUUUCAAAUGUGAAAUGCAAUAAGAUUGGACAUCAA